CGUCAAUCCGUCAUUUGUUUAUGUAUAUUACAACACCACAUGUCCAUUGUCCACACAAAAAAACAAAUUUAUUCUCAUAACGAUAAACACAAUAAAUAAACAAAUAUUCAAGAUCAACAAAGAAUUCAGUCAUCAUAAAUAAGUAAAUAUGUCGACAAAAGUAACGUCUAUCAUAUUAUUUAAUUUCAAAUCAUUUUAUAAACUUAAUUACGUUGACCCUCCAUUAUGGUGUGAAUUUAUGGGAAUCAUUAGUGAAAAUGAUUCAGAUCGAAAUGAUUUUAUAGAUGCAAUAAAAUUUGUACUUGGUGAAAAAUUAAGUAAUUUUGGAUAUAAAAGUUAUGCUGAUUUUAUGUAUAAAAAUUCUGCUGGUGAAAAACUUCAAAAUGAUAUCACAUUUGUUUCUCUUACACUACUAUCCCCUGAGGGUGUUACCCAAGAUUUCGCACGUUCAAUUGACGACAAUAAAUGUACAUAUAUCAUCGACAAAGAGGAAUAUUCUGACGAUGAAGUUUACAUGGAUACAUUAAAAAAACAGUUUCAUAUUGAUAUAGAAAAAAUACAAUUUCAUCAAGGAAUGGUUAAUACCAUAAUAAAUCAAUCACCAAUUGAAAUGUCCAAGACAUUUGAAGAACUCAGCAAAUCAAUAAAAUUUAAACAACAAUAUGAUAAUUUAAAAAAAGAAAUAACCAUAUGUGAAGCUGAAAUUUCAAAUUUAAAUGAUAAAAUACAUCCACUUCUUGAACAAAAAGAUACAUUAAUUCGUCAUGCACCUGGUAACAAGAUACUAUGUCAAUUAGAGGAAAAAUUCAAAGAACGUUAUUAUCUAUUUGCAAUUCAUCAAAAAGAAAAAUGUAUUAAAAAAAUACGUGAUGAUAGAAAUCAUAUUUGGGAAAAAAUACAAGUUAUAAGUAUUGCUGAAAUAAGGAACUUAUUAAAUAAAAUAUUAAAGUUAAAAAAAACUUGUGAAUUGAUUGCUAAACCAAAUGGAAAACUUGAUGCUAAUUCAAUUAAAAUAUUUAACAAAUUAUUGGAGUCAGAUGCUGAAGGUGUUGAUGAUAUUUAUGAUAAUUUAAGAAUAGCACCUGACAAAGAGUACGAGUGUAAAAAUUAUAAAGAAAACCGAUUAAAACUCAAUGAAAUUGUUGGUAUUUUCAUAAAAGAAAUUAGUGAUAUAAAAUCAUUUCAAGGUUUGCAAUUGAUAAUUGAAGGUGGAAAUUUUCAAUUGGAAGAAAGAAUGGAUAAAAUAGAAUCUUUGGAUGUUCAUGCAUAUGAAACUAUGGUUAAAUUCAAUCAAGUUCUUGAUCUUGGUACAAUAUAUCAUAAAAAUCAUCACACAUUUCUAGAAGGAAGAACUGAAUUGUUUAGACAAAAAGGUAUUUUAAUUAGAGAAGCUAUUGAUAAUAAUGUCGAAAGUAUUGGAGAAACAUUAAUGAAAAAUAUAUAUAAACCGAUAUAUGAAAAACGUGAAUUUGAUCUUGAUUUUUCAAGUCUUCCUGAUAAAUUAUUAAAUAUUACUGAUGAAAAUGAAGCUGAAAAAAUGAAAAAUAAAUUACAAGAAAAUAUUGAUUCAGUUCAAAAAAAUAUUCAUAAAAAUGCCAUGACUGCAUCCAAAGAAAAAUUAGAUAAACUUGAUAAUGAAAUGAAAAUAUAUGUUGAUAAAAAAACUCAGAUGGAAUUACAAUUAGAAAAUUUAUAUGAACGAUUUAAAAUUUCUCAAUUAAUUAGAAAAGAAUAUUUUAUGAAAUAUUUAAAUUCUGUUGAAGAAAGAAUUAAUGAAGUGUACGCAUCGUUUACUGAUAAAUAUGAUGAAAGAGUUAAAAUAAUUAUUAAUAAUGAAAAUGAGCCUUAUCUUGAUGGAAUAUUAUUUGAAUUCCAUGGACAAUUAUUAAGUAAUUUAUCAAAAAAAAAUAAAAUAAUUGCUGCAAUUUCAAUACUUUUUGCUCAAAAAUUGGAUUCAUUAAAAAAGUCAUUUUUAUUUAUUAAUCAACUUGAUAAUCAACUUGGUGAACAACAUAUAUCUUGUCUUAUGGAUUAUUUAGGAUCCACGAAACUUGAACACCAAAUAAUAUUUGUACAAAAAUAUCAACAAACUAAAAUUCUUAGAGAAAAUGCUCAUACUCUCAUUAAAAUUGACAGAGAUGAGGAAGGAUCACUGUUGCGAAUGAGAUAUAUUUGAACCACAAAAAAAUAUUUCAGGUUGAAUAUAUGAUAAAUAAUAACUUGAAUUGUUCCUUUUUUUUGUGAAUUAAUAUUUCUUUUUUUAUGUUUUUAUAAUAAACUCAAUAAAAUUAUUUUGAAAAAAAA